ACACAGACACCUCCCUUCUUUUUCGGUCUUUCUUGUUCAUCGCCUUCAUCAUCUCCUCUCCAUUCUCAUCAUGAAGACCGUUACUUGUACAGCUCCUGUUAACAUUGCCGUUAUCAAAUACUGGGGAAAACGCGACACGCAGCUCAUUCUGCCUACCAAUGACUCGUUGUCAGUGACUUUAUCGCAGGACAUUCUUCACAGCAAAACCACCAUCUCGGCUGCCAAGGAGUUCGAGAAGGAUCGUCUUUGGCUGAAUGGCAAGGAAGAGGACAUUACCAAGAAUAAGCGCAUGCACAACUGUUUCCGUGAAACCCGUGCACUUCGUAAGCAGAUGGAAGAUGACGCGGCGGCUAAAGGCCAACCUUUGGAACCCUUGUCUACUUACCACGUUCACGUCUGCUCCGAGAACAAUUUCCCUACUGCCGCUGGUCUGGCCUCCAGUGCUUCGGGUUUGGCCGCUCUCGUGUAUACUUUGUCACAGUUGUUCGAGCUUACCAUCAGCGUGUCCGACCUCUCUCGCAUCGCUCGUCAGGGUUCCGGCUCAGCUUGCCGUUCCUUGUUUGGUGGUUUUGUCGCUUGGGAGAUGGGUGACAAGGACGACGGUUCGGAUUCUCGUGCAGUUCAGAUCGCUCCCGAAACCCAUUGGCCCGAGCUGGAAGCUUUGAUCUGCGUUGUGUCCGAUGCCAAAAAGGGUACUUCUUCCACCGAAGGUAUGCAGCAUACUAUUCAAACUAGCCCUCUGAUGAAAGAGCGCGUCAAGAUCGUUCCCGAACGUAUGCAGGCCAUGAAAGACGCUAUCCUUAGCAAGGAUUUCCAAUCGUUUGCCGAAUUGACCAUGCGUGAUUCGAACCAGUUCCACGCUGUCUGUCUCGACACAUAUCCUCCCAUCUUCUACCUCAACGAUACGUCCCGUGCCAUUAUUCGAUUGAUCCAUGAGUACAACUCCAGUUCCCCUGACGGUAAGCUCAAGGCCGCUUACACUUACGACGCCGGUCCAAAUGCCGUGAUCUACGCUCCCAAGGAAAAUAUGCGCGAGAUUAUUCAGCUCAUUGCUCACUAUUUCCCAUCCAACAACGAUAACUAUUUCAACGAUCAUUAUCAAGUUCUGGGAGAACAAUCAAUGAGCGGUGAAUUCAAGCCACAAGGUCAUUCCGCCUUCAACGAAAAUGUCAUUCCUGUCCAUCCUGAAGGCAGUGUCAGCCGCUUAUUGCACACAAAGUGUCACGACGGUCCCCGUGUGCUGGAACAGAGUGAAUCCCUUUUGAACGAUGAAGGUGUUCCCAAGCGUCUCGCGUAAAAAAAAACGUCGAUCAUUGUUCCUGUGUUUCUUUAUUAUUUUAGCAUUGGCAUCUUGUCUCGUUCUUCUUCUGCUAGUGGGUGUCAAGGAAGAAUAGAAAAAGAAAUAAACCUUACUACUAAUACAUUUAUCGCCUUGGGAGCAAGUUGCGUUGAGGUUUCAGGCCGUG